AUGGACGUCGAUCCCGCUUUUGACUUCUCGCAUGACCUUCAAGACGAUCCGGAUCCGGCACCACAAGCAGCUCUCCAGAAAGUGCUGGACGACUUCGAUCUGGCUGCGGGUCCCGGCACCGACAAAGGCAGCAGUGCAUUGGAUCGCCUCGCUACUGAGAUCGAGCGCAUAGAGCUCGAGCAAGGUGCUCGCCGUGCCACGUCCCUUGACGAAGAGGACGAAGAUCACGAGGAUGACGAUGUGGAUGGGAUGUGGCAAGGCCCUCUCCCCGAUCCCAAUAGACCUCGUGCUUCCAGUCCUGUUCGCAACGAAGACCGACGCUCUCCUAGCCCAUCGCGAUCUACUUCUCCUCGACGCCCCCCAUCAACUCGAUUCCCCCUCUCACGAGUUCCUGAGGUGCUCAUGGCUCAGAAGUACCUGGAACUUCUCGACGGGGCGAGUCUCGACAAUGAGGCUUACAGUGGCCUGGAUGCCGAUGCCCGGCACGAUCUGCGCCAUCCGUCACACGAGAAGCCUGACAUGUCGGAUUCAAAGACACGCCUCUCCCUGAACAUGUAUACCGCCUGUUGUCGCAAUGCACCUGGGAAGACGUACGAAGAGGUUGCUUCCGGAAUACGUACCGUGUAUCCAGAGAUCCCGAUCUUGUCACUUUACGAGGUGAAGAAGCUUGUCGCGAAGGAGAGUGGUAUCCGUACUGUCCCGGGUGACAUGUGCAAGUCUUCUUGCAUCGCCUUCACUGGCUACCUGGCUGGAGAGGAGAAUGAGGUCUGUCCGGUUUGCGGGGCACCGCGGUGGGAUCCUGUGGAGCGCGAGCGCACGGGAAAGAAGAUACCGCGUCAGACCUUCGAUACCAAUCUCAUUGGAUUUUCGAUCCAGGCGCAGUUCGGCACCGAAGGCCAUGUCGAUGCAGCUGCAUACCGGCGACGCGAGCUCGAGCGGCUCAUGCCAGAGUACGACGAGAAGGCUUUCGUAUCGAUUGUCGGCGACUACCCUUCGGGAACAGCUGUGCUUGACGCCAACAUUCCCAAAGAUGACAUCUGUCUAAUGUGGACCGGCGACGGCUUCCAGCUCUGGGAACUGAAGCAGUCGGGACUGCUAUAUAUACCUCUGGAUCUUACUGGACCUCCCUCCGCAUCUUCGCUACAAGAAGGACCCCGGAAUCUUGAUUCGUUCCUGUUCCCUGGACUGUAUCAUGUUGCAGCGCUCAAACGCGAGGGCUUGCGUAUCUGGAAUGCUGCUCAACAGCGCGAGUAUACCUCCCAGAUACAUGUCCUGUUCGUCACGGCCGAUACAGUCGCACUUCCCGAGGCCAAUGGCAUGGUCGGGCAUAUGGGGAAGGAGGGCUGUCGUCGCUACUGUGGCUUUACUGGGCGUCGCAAACCCGGCAGCCAUGGCUACACAUAUGCCCUGUAUAAGCCCUGCGACUCCGAUGACUCUGGCUCCAACGGACCCGAUUGGGAUCUCGCCCGCGACCCAGAGACGCCUCAGGAUGCGUCUGAUAGUGCUUUGUCCUGCCCCCUCGGCAUCCCUGCGAUGUUCCCAUCGGAUCUCAAGCGCGGCGACGACAAGACCUCGUGGGCAUGGGUGUUCCUCGUGGGCGCCAUCUUCAAACAGCACGGUCAAGAUGUUGCCGACUGCCUUCCUUACCUUCCCGGUUCAUUCGAGCGCCCUCCCCGCAACCCUUUCGAGAAGCUCAAUAGCGGCUACAAGGCCUGGGAGUUUCUGAUUUGGUUCUAUGGAAUGGCGCCUGCACUCCUUCACAACAUCAUGCCCGAACCGUUCUAUACACAUUUCUGCAAAGCUGCAGCUGCAGUGCGGAUGUUACAUCAACGCGAGGCAUCGUUGCAGGACCUCCUUCUUGCCUACAAGCUCAUGAACGAAGUCUGUGCCGAGUUCGAGACCAUUUACUGCGAGUGCAAGACCUCUCGUCUGCAUUUCGUCCGCCAUGCUGUUCACAUCGCCACCCACAUGGCACGCGACGCAAUUCGGCAUGGCAUGGGCUCGUACCUAUCUCAGUGGGUCUGUGAGCGCACAAUCGGUAUCUACGCGUCACUCGUCCGUCAACCCUCGAAUCCGUUCCACAACCUGUCAUCGCAGGUCAUGUUGCAGGCCCAGCUGCAUGGCUUGUACGCUCGCGCUCCCGAGUUGGACCCACGAGUGCCACUGGAGUCUCGCUUGCCAGAUUCCGCUGUGCAACUCCCGCAUGGUUAUGCUCUACUGCAUCCCAAGGAGCGGUCGAAGAGCAGGGUCUCGCCCGAGCAGCGUGUGGCCAUCGCGGACUACUAUGAGCGGAACGGCGAGACGUUGGAUGCAGGUUGGAAAGGACAUGUGCGCCGGUAUGGCAGACUCCUCCUCCCUACCGGCCAGUACGCCCGAUCAGCUUGGCGGGAGACCCUGAAAGAGCUGCAUAAGAUCCGGAUUUCGCGGAAUGUCAAGAUUCGGAACGGCGAACAGAUCUCCAUCGGCGAGGUUCUACUUUCGCUUGAAGGUACACGGAAAGACUCGCACUGUCGCGAUGGUGCAUAUCUGCCCAUCCUCGAGCGCGGAAGCCUCGUUGUGAUGGACUACUCGGCCAUCCAGUCUGUUGUCGCUAUGAUUCCGCACGAUGUCCGCUUCUUCCUAGUUGAGAAGAUCACUUUGGGUGCAGGGAUGCUUGGCGGCGUCGUAGAACAACCGCAACCAGAGCCCAUAGAUGUAUAG